AUGAGAGGGUCGGAUUUGGCUUAUUAUCGAGCUGCCAAAGCGUGUCUGUCGUUAAAUUUGUUAUCGGAGGCGAUAUCUUAUUGUGAAAGUGGAAUAGGGAAAGAUCCAAGUAAUGAGGAGUUAAAGAAACUGUCAAAGCAGAUUGAUUUGAAGAAGAUGGAACAGGAGCAGCGUGAAGCUCAAGUUUCUAAGGCCCUUGUAGAGGCUAAGGACCUUGUUUCUGCCAUUGAAGGUAGAAGGUUGAAGAUUGGGAAGGCAAUGUACAGAGAACUUACUGGAUUAAGGAAGCCGGAAUUGGAUAAAAAUGGAAUUCUUCAUUGGCCUGUUUUGCUACUCUAUGCUGAGGUUAUGUCCAGUGAUUUUAUAGAGGAUUUCUGUGAAACUGAAAUGUUUUCUGCUCAUCUGGAUAUUAUGUUUUCAGAAAGUUGUCCCCCUUUACCGUGGGAUAAAGAAAACCAUUAUACCCGUGAAGCUAUUGAACUUUACUAUGAGGCUGGUUCCGGUGGGCAUCUGUCUAAGACCAAAAUUAUCCAUUAUCUUCUAGAAGGAACUGCAGCUUCUAAUGUGGAAAGUGUUGGAGAGGAAGAAAAGGAUGCAGUUGAUUGUUCUCCUUCUGGUGAUUCUGUAGGUGGUUCAUCCAAAUGGGUCAAAGUAAAUGAAAAAAGAACACUUCAUGAUGUGUUGAAAGAACCAAACUUCAUUAUCCCAAUGAUACCAGUCUUUUAUGUUGUUUCAAAACGAUCCUGCUUUGAUAAGGACUUCAGAGCUGGAAAAUGGGCACCUCCAAUGUAAAUGGAUUGUACAUGUUAGACAGCUAGUGUGUGGUUUGGUUGUUAUUGUGCCUUGACCAAGUCCAGGCGAGCAAUUUUUAGGUACUCCUAUACGCUAAAAUUAUGUACUCCAAGACAGCUAGUGUGUGCUCAUGAUGUUCACUGCGAAAGGUGUUGCUUGAACACUAAAAGUUAUGAAGCAGCUUUGAGUUUGCAAAGCCAUUUAAGUUUGUAGAAUUAUUUUCCAGGGGUUUUUCGUGCACUUUCAUAGUUGUCAUACUAAAACACAAACCGGAAGAAACUACAAGGAGUUUCUUUUACAGCUUUAACUUGAAUGGUGAAGUCUAUUUAUUUUCGCA